GUUGAUGGAGUGAGUAUGAAUCUUACUUUUCUUUGAUAUAGAAAGUACAAACAAUCAGUGUUAGGAUUCGAGAUGUUUCUUCUGGAAGCGUAUGAAAGCUCUCUAGACGUGCGGAGGACAUCUUUACAGCCAUUUUUUAGUAUAUAAUAAGGAAACUAUACUUAGAAGAAAGGAAUAAAUGGACUUGGUAGUUUAGAGCUUGUAGUUUUCACUCUCUUAGUCAGAGGCGUAUGGAGUGCUUAUGCAAUGGGUUCAACUGAAUCAUUACUUUUAUCACAUACAUGUGAAAAAUGACUGUAGCUUCAACAAAUAUUAGUUUUGACCCAUUAUUUCAAAAGUAAAAUGGCAACUAGGGAUUUUGGUCUAGUGAUAAGGUGCAAAACAUGACAUGGGGUUAGUUGCAAAUCACGGGUUCAGGCCUUGCUGCAAACAGAGCCUGGUAGAUCAAUGGAGAAGGGUAAGGGGCAAACCUGUUCUCUACUGAGCUUCGAGACCAUGUGACUGUUCCUCAAGGAUUUCUCGAUUAUGAAAAUUUAAAAUUACAAUGAGUUCAAUGUUCAGAAUAUGAAGAUUGAACACAUCAAAUUUAAAUCAUGGAUUUACCUUUGCUCUUCUUUUCACCUAAAGCAUGCAGUAGUUUGAAAAACAUAGACGAGACAAAAUGUUUUCCUGAAUCUCGACCACAAUUUCUGUUUGCAAGUCAGUGGUGAUAGAACAACUCUCCUUGGUACCUAACAUAUUUGACCCUUUGGCAUUUGAUCUGUGCAGGAAAGUUUGUGAAAUUUCCCUCUCCUGACUCAAAGUGGCAUGUGAAGAAGCCAGAAAUAAUCUGACUCUACCUCCAUAAAUGGACAAAAAACAUCAUAUCGCUAUAUAUACUACUGCAAGCAUUCCUUGGCUGACUGGAACUUCCAUUAAUCCUCUCUUUCGUGCUGCCUAUCUUGCAAAAGAUGGUGAACAAAAGGUCACCUUGGUGAUUCCUUGGCUUCCAUUGAAAGAUCAAGAACAUGUUUUUCCCAGUGGUGUCAAAUUUAAUUCACAUUUGGAGCAGGAAAAGUGUGUCCGCCAGUGGUUGGAAGAGAGAACUGGAUUUGCAUCAAAUUUUAGCAUACGUUUUUACCCUGGAAAGUUCUCUCUGGAUAAAAGGAGCAUUCUUGCGUUAGGGGAUAUCACAGUAAUCAUCCCAGAUGAUGAAGCAGAUGUUGCAGUCCUUGAGGAGCCUGAGCAUCUUACAUGGUUUCAUCACGGAAAGAGAUGGAAAAAGAAAUUCCGUCUCGUUGUAGGAAUUGUUCACACCAAUUAUUUGGAAUAUGUUAAGAGAGAAAGGAAUGCUGUGGAGGCGUUUUUCUUAAAACAGAUAAAUAGUUGGGUUGUCGAUCUUUAUUGCCACAAGGUCAUCAGGUUAUCUGCUGCCACCCAGGAUCUCCCAAGAUCCCUGGUCUGUAAUGUGCACGGAGUCAAUCCAAAGUUUCUUCAGAUUGGGAUGAAAACAAUAGAGAAACAGCAAAAUGAUAACCAAACUUUCAGCAAAGGUGUCUACUACAUUGGUAAGAUGUUGUGGAGUAAAGGCUACAAGGAGCUACUUAGACUCUUACGUGAUCAUCAAAAGGAACUUGCUGGAUUGGAGAUAGAUUUAUACGGUAGUGGUGAGGAUUCUGCUCAAAUUGAGGUGGCUUUUAAGAAGUUGGAAUUGACGGUUAGGGUUCAUCCUGCGCGUGAUCAUGCUGAUCCUUUAUUUCACAACUAUAAAGUGCUUCUGAAUCCAAGCACCACGGAUGUAGUUUGUACAACCACAGCUGAAGCACUAGCUAUGGGCAAAAUAGUUGUAUGCGCCAACCAUCCAUCAAAUGAGUUUUUCAUGCAGUUCCAAAAUUGCAGAACAUAUGAUGAUGGUAAAGGUUUUGUUAAAGCUACGCUCGAGGCAUUGUCUGACGAGCCUGCUCCACUGGCCGAUAAACAGAGGCAUGAACUUUCUUGGGAAGCAGCAACUGAGCGAUUUCUGAAAUCAGCACAGCUGGACGUCGUGCCAGUAAAGAAAACAUCAAAGACUAGUUCAAAAUCAUUUCUCUCCACAUCUUUUAGUUUGAAUAGAAAACUUGAGGAUGCAUCAGCAUCGGUACAUUUCAUGGGGACUGGAUUUCUGGGUUCACAACCGGAUGAAGAGCAAUGUAAAGAGCUGGGAUUAGCCAUUCCUUCAAAGAAAAAAGGAUUUUCUUCUGGAAGAUGGAUAUGAUGCUUGAUCAUCUUGAAAGCAUGGUGCAAAUUAUUGUUAAUAUCUCUCAUUUUUCAGAAAUCACCUCUCUACCUUCACAAGACAGGGGUACCCUUGCAUACAUGUCACCCUCUCCGAACCUCACUUAUGGGAAUACUGUGUAUUAUUGAGAGGUCAUAAUAGUCGUCUGUUAGAGUGAAGGGCAUGUACUACUUAGAAUCAAACAAUCAUUCAAUUUGUUGUUCUGUUACAAGCUGUUGCACAAACUCAUUGGCUACCCUGAUUGGUUUUGUUUUUGGGUGAAGGACAAAUCAACUCUUUGUAUACAUUUGUCAAGAAAGGAAAGAGGGUGUUUUUUUUUUUUUUGUCUAGUUUUUUAAAACCAAAAUGUAAGGGAAGUGGAUGUUACCUUUUGUUUUAUUUUAAUUUUUUUGGGAUGCUA